UUAAUCUUUAUUUUUUUAGUGGAUUCAUAUUUAAUUUUUAUCAUAAGCUUGUUUUUCCUGUAAAAUGGUUCAACGAUUAACAUUACCACGGAAACAUCCUUAUAACACAAAAUCUAACCGAAAGAAGAUAGUCAAGACUCCUGGUGGUAAAUUACGCUUCCAUUAUCAAAAAAAGCCAGGAUCUUUACCUAAAUGUGGAGAUUGCAAGCUUAAACUGAAAGGAAUAUCUGCUGCUAGGCCUAAAGAAUUGAAAUCUUUAUCUAAAAGGCAUAAGACUGUUACUCGUGCAUAUGGAGGCUCUCUUUGUCCAAAAUGUGUUAGAUUAAGAAUUAUUAGAGCAUUUUUGAUUGAGGAGCAAAAGAUUGUUGUCAAAGUCAUGAAAGCUCGACAAAUUGUGGAAAAGCAAGAAAAACAGGCAAAAGCAAAGGCAACCAAAUUGAAAUCUAAAAAAACAAAAUGAUUAUUUUAUAAAGAUAAAUCAAAUAAAUUUAUAAGUAUAUUUUAAAAGUUUGAACUUCUUUGAUUAAGCAUCAAUGUAAUUGCUUAAAUUCUUUUGUAAAUAUUGAUUUGUUUAUGAGACAUUAUAUUAAGCAUGUUAAAACUUUUGAUUUGUUAUAAGUCAAAAUUUUAGGCAUGUUAAUUGUUUAGUUGCCUUGUAACAUAAUCAAAUGAUUAUAUAUUUAAAAACAAUAUUACCUUAUAGCAUGGGUGGCUAUUUAUUUAACUUUUCUG